AUCCCCAGCAUGAGCUCAGAGGUGCUGGUGUCCAGGCCUCACUAUGACGACAGAGCUGUGGCUCAGGGGAUCCCCCCACAGGACCCUCCAGUGGAACCGGACGUCCCACACCCAUCCUCAGGCUCUGCCCCGGCUGGGUACCGCUCAGCUAAGUACUCACCGGCCGAGUGGUUUUCCAACUACCACAACAUUCUGAAGCAGGCCGCCACAGAGCACAAUGAAGCGGAGAGGGUCCAGAGACGGUCCAAAGCCCUGUCCCAGGACUCGGAGAGCGACACCCAGCACACACAGGCCCAGGGAACGCGCCUCCUGGGGGACAGGCUGCAGGACAUCCACUACUGGAGGUCUGAGCUGCAGCAGCACAUCUCACAGCUGCAGGCCGAUAUUGAGGCUCUGUGCGGACAAAAGUUGAGACUGGAGAGGGCACUCGACGCUACAGAGAUCCCCUUUGCAAUUGCCACAGACAACCUGACCUGUCGCACCAGGAGACCAGCGCCCGACCUGGUCCACGACACAGUGGAGGAGGAGCUGCUUAAGAGGGCAGAAGAUGACAGUAUGACUUUUGUAUGUCUGCAGGAGGUGGACCUUAUCAAAAACAUACAGGCAUUGCUGAGGAGGACCACAGCUCAGGUGGUCAGUCAAAUCAAGCUCAACAAAGACACCAAGCAGAUGCUGGAGAUGGACUGGUCUGAUAAAUAUGAAGCCUAUAACCUGGACGACACAUGUGGGAGAUACAGAAACACCAGUGCAGACACAAAACAUCACCCAAGCUCAGCCAACAUGCAGGAUCAGGUUUGUAACCCAGUAUCUUGGACCAAGUUCACGCAGGACAAUCUGACAAAAGCAAUGCAGGAAGAACAUGCCACUUACAGCCUCAGAAUGUUGGUGGAGAGAGUUGUGGAGGACACCACCAGAGACAUGAGGGUGCAGUGUGCCAGUGUGGAUCAGGCUUUCACUCAGCGCUGUGACGAGCUAAUCCAGGCCAAGACACAGCUGGAGAACAAGCAUGCUCAGAUUUUGGAGCAGAUUGGAGCUCAAGAGAGAAACAUUGUGGCACUGCAGCAGGCCAUACACGACAAAGAAGCUCCUUUAAGAGUGGUUCAGUCUAGACUGUAUGUGCGCUCCCAACGAUCUAACAUGGAACUGUGCAGAGACCCUCCCCAGCUCAGUCUGGAGACAGAGGAGAAACAGAUCCAUGCCUCAGUGGAGUCUCUGCAGCAACAGCUGAGUCAGGCCCGGGGAUCCCUGUCCUUCCUGGAAGAGUCACGGAUGGCCAUUGAAAAAGAUAUAGCAUGUAAAGCUAACUCAUUAUUUAUCGAGAGGGACAAAUGUAUGACAAAGAGAAAGAGAUACCCAACUAUGUCUACGUUAUAUGGUUACUAACAACAGUGUAUUUACAGAGGG